GGAAGAUCGAUUGGUCGUGUCUGAGACCGGUCCGACCAAUAUUAUCUUCCCCCUUCCGUGGUUCUGCGUGCUAUGAACACGACAACGGUCGAAAUUGUCCCCAAAAAGCGAAUAAACAGGCGGUAAACUUCCACAAUAUGCGAGUAAUAUGAGUUUUGUUGAGGAUAAGUAGCGGUUGUGGUCGCCAUGGGAACAGAGGAGAGUUUCUGUCCGACUGAUGAGGACAUUGAGAGGUGGAUGUCCAGCGCGUUUGACAUGGCUAAAGACGCUCUGGACAACGGAGAGGUACCGGUCGGAUGUCUGAUGGUCUACAACGAUGAAGUGGUGGGGAAGGGACGCAACGAGGUCAACGAGACCAAAAAUGCCACUCGCCACGCUGAGAUGGUGGCCUUGGACCAGGUUCUGGACUGGUGUCGCCAUAGCAACCUGGAUGUGAGGAGUGUGUGCGAGCGGACAGCCUUGUACGUCACCGUGGAGCCGUGCAUCAUGUGUGCCGCAGCCCUGCGUCUGCUCAACAUCCCGGUGGUCGUGUACGGCUGCAGGAACGAGCGGUUUGGAGGCUGCGUUUCAGUUCUGGAUGUUUCCUCUGCUGACCUGCCUCACACCGGGACCACGUUCAAGUGUGUUUCAGGCCACAGAGCAGAAGAAGCCGUAGAGAUGCUGAAGACUUUCUAUAAACAGGAGAAUCCAAACGCUCCCAAACCCAAAACCAGGAAAGACUGAACCUUCCCACAGCCAACUGACAUGUUUUAUAUUGUUUGUAUUUACCUAUUCUAAUUUUUUAUUUAAUAAAUGACAUUAUGCAUCAUG